CACGCAAACUCAGUGGCGGCACUUUCAACUGGAUAAACAGGCCUCAGUCCCGCCUUCUAGUUCUAGUGUUUUUUAUGCGAAGAUAACCGAUGGGGGUUGGAACGGAGGCUGUUGAGCUGCAGCAGCUGCUGGCGUCUGAGCGAGGCCUUCGGUGGUCGUUGGCCUAAUGAGCGGGCGGCAAAGAACGCUUUUUCAGACGUGGGGCUCAAGAGUCUCCCGAUCCACUGGGGCUCCGAGUUGCAGCUCUGGAACUGAGCGGCCUCAGAGCCCUGGCAUCUCCGGGGCGAGUUUUCCUGCAGCGGCACAGGCAGCAGAGGCGGCGGAGGCGGCAGAGGCUCAGCCCGAGUCGGACGAUGAUGUGUUGCUGGUCGCGGUGUACGAAGCAGAGCGGCAGCUGAGUCUAGAGAAUGGCGGGUUCUGCACCUCAGCGGGCGCCCUGUGGAUUUACCCUACUAAUUGCCCGGUGCGGGACUACCAGUUGCACAUCGCCAGGACCGCUCUGUUCUGCAACACGCUGGUGUGUCUGCCUACCGGCUUGGGAAAGACCUUUAUUGCCGCCGUGGUCAUGUACAAUUUCUACCGCUGGUUCCCCUCCGGCAAGGUUGUCUUCAUGGCCCCCACGAAACCUUUGGUGACACAGCAGAUCGAGGCUUGCUACCGGGUGAUGGGUAUCCCGCAGUCCCACAUGGCCGAAAUGACAGGAUCUACUCAAGCUUUCACCAGGAAGGAAAUAUGGGGCAGUAAAAGAGUCCAUUUUCUUACACCUCAAGUCAUGGUAAAUGAUCUUUCUAGAGGAGCUUGUCCUGCUGCUGAAAUAAAGUGUCUAGUUAUUGAUGAAGCUCAUAAAGCUCUUGGAAAUUAUGCUUAUUGCCAGGUUGUAAGAGAACUAGUCAAAUAUACAGAUCACUUUAGAAUCUUGGCUCUUAGUGCCACACCAGGUAGUGAUAUAAAGGCUGUGCAACAAGUUAUUACUAAUCUACUAAUUGGGCAGAUAGAGAUUCGUUCUGAAGAUUCUCCAGAUAUUUUGCCAUACUCUCAUGAAAGACGAGUUGAAAAGCUUGUUGUUCCCCUUGGUGAAGAACUUGGAGCUAUCCAAAAGGCAUAUAUACAGAUUUUGGAAGCACUUGCCAGUUCUUUGAUUCAGAGGAAUGUUUUGAUGAGAAGGGAUAUUCCCAAUCUAACAAAAUACCAGAUAAUUCUGGCAAGAGAUCAAUUUAGGAAAAACCCAUCUCCAAAUAUUGUGGGACUGCAACAAGGCAUAAUCGAGGGAGAGUUUGCUAUUUGUAUUAGUUUAUAUCAUGGUUAUGAAUUAUUGCAGCAAAUGGGAAUGAGAUCAUUAUAUUUCUUCCUUUGUGGAAUUAUGGAUGGAACUAAAGGAAUGACUCGGGCAAAAAAAGAACUUAGCCGAAAUGAGGACUUCAUGAAACUCUAUUAUCAUCUAGAGUGCAUGUUUGCACAUACACGUAGUACUUCAGCAAGUGGCAUUUCUGCUAUCAAAAAAGGAGAUGAAGAUAAAAAGUUCUGCUAUAGUCAUCCAAAAUUAAAGAAAUUAGAAGAAGUUGUAGUUGAACACUUCAAGUCAUGGAAUGCUCAAAAGACAUCUGACAAGAAAUGUGAUGAGACCAGAGUUAUGAUCUUCUCUUCAUUUCGAGAUAGUGUUCAAGAAAUUGCAGAAAUGCUUUUACAGCAUCAGCCAAUUAUUAGAGUAAUGACUUUUGUUGGCCAUGCCUCAGGGAAAAGCAUGAAGGGUUUUACCCAGAAGGAGCAACUGGAGGUAGUGAAACAAUUUCGUAGUGGUGGUUACAAUACAUUGGUUUCUACUUGUGUUGGUGAAGAAGGUUUGGAUAUAGGAGAAGUUGAUCUUAUAAUAUGUUUUGAUGCCCAGAAGAGCCCAAUUCGUCUUGUGCAACGAAUGGGUAGAACUGGCCGCAAACGUCAAGGCAGGAUUGUUGUUAUCCUUGCUGAAGGACGAGAAGAACGGACUUAUAAUCAAAGUCAGUGCAACAAAAGAAGUAUUUAUAAAGCUAUUUCAGGUAAUAGGCAGGUCCUUCAUUUUUACCAAGGAAGUCCACGAAUGGUUCCUGAUGGAAUCAAUCCACAAUUACAUAAGAUGUUCAUCACGCAUGGUAUCUAUGAACCAGAGAAGCCUUCUCGGAACUUGCAGCGAAAGUCAUCUAUCUUUUCCUAUAGCAAGGGAAUGAGGCAGAGUAAUUCAAAGAAUGAUUGGUUCUUAUCAGAAGAAGAAUUUAAAUUAUGGAACAGACGAUAUAGAUUAAGAGACACUGAUGAAAUUAAGGAAAUAACAUUGCCUCAAGUUCAGUUUCUAUCUUUACAAAAUGAGGAGAACAGACCAACUCAAGAACCAACCACUGGAAUUCAUCAACUCUCUCUCUCUGAAUGGAGACUGUGGCAGGAUCAUCCUUUGCCUACAUAUCAAGUUGACCAUUCAGAUCGAUGUCACCAUUUCAUAAACAUUAUGCAAAUGAUAGAAGGAAUGAGACAUGAAGAGGGAGAAUGCAGCUAUGAAUUGGAAAUUAAAUCUUAUUUACAAAUGGAAGAUGUUAGCUCAACAUCUAGUGCUCCCAGGAAUGAAUAUAAUCCUUUUGCCAGUGGCACCUUUACUAGUAACAAGAAAUCUUCAUUUACAAAGAAUAUAAAUCGAGGCAAAUCACUCUCAAUGACAGAAUCUGAUGAAGAAUGUGCUGAAAAUUUUAAACAAAUUCGUAUCAAACCAACUGAAAUUGCUUCUCUAAAAAAAAAAGCUUCCAAAGAACUGAAAAAAGAUCAACCUAAAAAAGAAAAUAAGGAGGUUGUUAUGGGGCCUUUAGAUACUGAUGGCAGUUCUACUGCUGAAAAUAUUUUUCAGGUAGACUUACUAAAUGAUAAAAGGGUAUCAGAUACAGAUGAAGUUGCUGCCACAUGUGCUAUCAGUGAAAAUGUAGGUAAUCAGUCAUGUGGAUUAUUAGCAGAUUGUCAGUUUACAAAUAAAUCUACUAGUUCAUUUACUGGAAAUUUUUUAGAUUCUGGUUAUAACAGUUUCAGUGAUGAGAAAUCUCUUUCUUAUAGCUUAUUUUUUCCAUUUGAGGAUGAGCUUUAUAUAGCUGGAACAGAUGACAAAUUUUAUAAUUGUCAUUCAUUAACAAAAGAGGUGCUAGCUAAUGUAGAGAUAUUUUUAUCUCAUUCUCCUCCGCCUCUUAGUGCACUCUCAAAUUUGGAAUAUGAAAUUUCUAAGGGUUCUGCACUCGAGAACUUGCUUUUUCUACCCUACACAGAGUGUUUACAAAAUGACAAAUCCACCUGUUUGAUGUCACAUUCAACUAUAAAUUCUCAACAGAAUUUAGAAUUGAGUUCACUUAAAUUUAUUAGUCAUCCUUCUGAAAAAAGUUGCCUUUAUGGUACAAUUAAUGAUAAGAUUUCUGCUGAACCAAGCUUCUGUUACUAUGAUAAAGUACAUAAAGAUAUUAAAAAUGAACAUUUAGUAUCCAACCAUCAUAUUCAAAUAAACACUGGCCCUCCAAAGUAUUUUGUUGAAGAAAAGAAUCAUGAUGUUGAUAACAGUGGCCUCCAAAUAUUGCAUACUGAUCAGGAUGAGAGUUUGCUAUUAUUUGAGGAUGUUAAUACAGAGUGUAAUGACAUGAACCUUCCUCCCUUGAACAGUAAAUGCAAAUCUUUAUGUCUGUCAGACAAAACUGCUGUAAGUGAAAUGACACUGGGCUCUCAGUUCUUAAUUUCUGAUGAACUUUUGUUAGGCAAUAAUUCUGAACCCCAAGAUCAAAUUAUUGGUGAUACGAAUAGUUGGAAAUCUCAUGAAGAUUUGAGAGGUGUACAUGAGGAAAAACUGAAGAAUGAUGAAUAUGGUUUUGACUGCUCUAAGGAUUUAUUUUCUGUUACCUUUGAUUUAGGAUUUUGUUGUCCAGAUACUGAUGAUGAAAUACUAGAACAUGCAUCAGAUACAAAUAAGAAUAAAAUUUUAGAUGAUCUAUCUGGAGGGUGUUUAGACAUUAAGGAGAUAAAUGAUGCAAAUUAUGUUUCAAAUCAAGCAGUAAUAUCAAGAGACCAUGUUGAUAGUUCUACGAGUGUAACCAUUACUAACCCAUCAAGUGAAGAUAAGCGGAGUCCAACUUUUGCAUGUUUUCCAAUGAAUGCAACAAAAAGUAAAGAAUUUAUGUCUCCUGGUUAUUCUCAAUUUUCAUUGCCAGUAGGAGAGAAAGUUAUGAGUACACCAUUUUCUCAGUCAAACACGCCGAACUCAUUUUCUAAGAAGAGAAUAGAAAUGGCUAGGAAGUCAGAUUCUAAUAAGGGAAAAAUAAAUCUACAAAGUUUCAAAGAAACAUUGAAUUCAACUUUUGAUGAUUCGGGACUUUCUAUAGAAAAGGCUAAAAGCAGGGAACAAAUCAAUCUGCAUCAAUCCUGCCAUUCUGCUAAAGUUAUAGAUGAACAGUUAACAAGCAGUGAAAGUGAAGAUGAUGAGAUUUUCCGAAGAAAAAGUAGAAAGACAAAAGGAAAUGUUUUGGAGUCCCCUGAGAAUCAGAAAAAUAGCGAAGUUGAUUCUCCACUUCAUGCUGUCAAAAAGCGCAGGGUUCCUCCAAACAGAUUAGAUUUAUCAUCUAGUGAUGAGAGUGAGAAUUUUAGCAAACGACAUCCACAAUCAGCAGACUUCAAGGAUCAUAAUAAAAGAGGCAUCAAAGUCCAAAAGAGACUGAGUCACCUAAAGCUUGUAGCUAGGAAGUUUUUAGAUGAUGAAGCAGAACUUUCCCAAGAAGAGGCAGAAUGUGUUUCAUCAGAUGAAAAUUAUGAGUCAGAAAAUGAACAAGAUUCCUCGUUACUUGACUUUUUAAAUGAUGAGACUCAACUGUCACAGGCUAUAAAUGAUACUGAAAUGAGAGCUAUUUACAUGAAAUCUGUGCGAAGUCCACUGAUGAACAAUCAGUACAAAAUGGUCCAUAAGAAACAUAACAACGUAAACAUUUUCUCACAGAUUCCUGAGCAAGAUGAAACCUAUUUAGAAGACAGUUUUUGUGUUGAUGAAGAGGAGUCUUGCAAAAGCCAAUCAAGUGAAGAAGUCUGUGUUGAUUUUAACUUAAUAACUGAAGAUUGCUUUGCAAGUAGGAGCAAAAAAUAUAAAACCCGACGUGCAGUAAAGCUAAAACAAAUGAAGAUGAGGCAAAACUGUGCAUCUUCAAAAAAAAAAUUAUUCAGAAUUAUUUUACCAGAUGAUUCAAGUGAGGAGGAAAACGAUGUAAAUGAUAAACAGGAAUCCAGCACUGUGAUUAAUCCAAGUGCAGUUACCAAGAGUGAACAACAAAGCCACUGUUUGAAUUUAGUGCCUUCUGGGUCUUCAUUACAGUCCAGGGACCACUCUAAUCCAGUUGUUAAUCAGUCGCCAAACCAGAGACAACACACACCACUUAAUUUAAAGGUUACAGUUUCUGAUGUCUCAGACUUCAAACCUCAGAGCCGUACUAAAAUUGAAUCUACCUCAUCAUCAUUCACUACUGUUGAUUCACAGAAAGACUGUAGAAAAUUUCCAAUUCAGUUGAAGGAUACUAGUGCUCUGGAGGAUUCUGGCACUUCAGUGGCAUACUGUUCCAACUCACGACCACACUUGGCUGGCACACAUGCUUCUCGUAGACUUCCACAGGAAGGCCAAAGAACUUGUAUUCUUGUAGAUAGUCGUGAAAUCACUUCUGGUUCAGAAGUAAUUUCUUCCCUAAGAGCAGUUCAUGGCUUACAGGUAGAGGUUUGUCCUCUUAAUGGUUGUGAUUAUAUUGUGAGUAACCGCAUGGUGGUGGAAAGGAGGUCUCAAUCUGAGAUGUUAAAUAGUAUCAAUAAGAACAAGCUCAUUGACCAGAUCCAGUACCUACAGAGCAUGUUUGAAAGAAUAUGUGUGAUUGUGGAAAAGGACAGAGAAAAAACAGGAGACACAUCCAGGAUGUUUAGGAGAACAAAGAGCUAUGACAGCCUGCUGACUACCUUAACUGGUGCUGGAAUCCGAAUUCUUUUCAGUUCCUGCCAAGAAGAAACUGCAGAUUUGCUAAAGGAAUUGUCUUUAGUGGAAGAAAGAAAGAAUGUUGGUAUUCAUGUUUCAACAGUGGUGAACAGUAAUAAAUGUGAGGCACUUCAAUUUUAUCUAAGUAUUCCCAAUAUAAGUUAUAUAACUGCACUGAAUAUGUGUCACCAGUUUUCAUCUGUGAAAAAGAUGACAAAUAGCUCACCUCGGGAAAUCUCCAUGUAUGCACAAGUAACUCAUCAAAAAGCUGAGGAGAUCUAUAGAUAUAUUCACUAUAUAUUUGACAUGCAAAUGUUGCCAAAUGAUCUUAACCAAGCGCCAAGCAGAGGACAGAAAGAGAAAACUGCAAAAUGGUUUGCCCCACCCUUUUGAGACGUCUACUCCAACUGGAGAGGAAGGUUCCGCACUUUCAGAGUUUCAGGUAUGUGUGGGCCCCAACUGAUGCUGUGAUGCUUGCCCCUGCUGGAUUGUAUGGGUACUGGGUUAUAAGAGAAAGGAGAAAAGAAAAAGAAACAACUGAGAGAUUUCUUCUACUGUUUCUGAGUGUUAGUAAUCCCCCUUCCUGUUCAAGCCAGAACUGAAGGGCUUCUCUUUGAGCUCUCUUUGUCUUGCCUCAAUGCCCCCUUCCUGGUUUUAGGUGGCCUUGAGUUUAGCUUGGGGGAAUAUCUAGAGGAAAAACUGGAAAUUCACUUCCAGUUUGGUGGUUCUUAAAAUUCUAGUCUCCCCCAAUCAACCUGUUAUUUAUCUUCCUGAGUCAACAAAAAGCUGUUCCAAGCAUUCUGUCCAGGUGUUACAGCUGUAUAGAAGAAACAGAGCGGAGUAUGCUUACUCAUCUUACUGGGAACUGGCAUUUCUGCAGUCCAGGCAUUUAAAAAUCUCCUUGCAUCAUCUGACCAUACAGCAAAGGUUGACAACCUUUAUUAAAGGAAAUAAUGGGGGAUACAGCUGGAAAGGAUAACUGAGGUCAACUAUUACUCUCAAUGCAAGGCAGAAGAAAUCUUUAUAUAAUUUGAAUUUGAGCAAGAAUGCAAGUGAAGGUUUUUGAUGUGUCAGAACCACAACUAUACAUUAAGACUAAUCUGGAGUUGUAUAAAAUAGAUUACUCAGAUGAAGAGAACAAAGUACAAACACAAGGCUACUUCCACAGUUCAGGCAAAAGGCAUUAAAGGUCUGAAAAAAAGAGUAGUGUUAAGAAAAAGGCUGCACAGGCAUAUCUCGUUUUAUUGCCCUUUGCUUUACUGUGUUUUUUACAAACUGAAGGUUUGUGGCAACCCUGUGUCGAGCAAGUCUAUUGGUGCCAUAUUUCCAACAGCAUUUGCUCACUUCAUGACUCUGUCACAUUUGGUAAUUCUCACAAUAUUUCAAACUUUUUCAUUAUUAUUAUAUUUGUUACGUGAUCUGUGAUGCUACUCUUGUAUUGUUUGGGGUGCCAUGAACUGCGCGAAUAUAAGACAGUGAAUUUAAUUGAUAAAUGUUGUGUGUGUUCUGACUGCUCCACUGACCAGCCAUUCCCGUCUCUCUCUCUCCUUGAGCCUCCUUAUUCCCUGAGGACGCAAGAAUACUGAAAUUACGCCAAUUAAUAAGCCUACAAUGGCCUCUAAAUGUUCAAGUGAAAGGAAGAGUUGCAAGUCUCUCACUUUAAAUCAAAAGCUAGAAACGAUUAAGCUUAGUGAGGAAGGCAUGUCAAGAGCUGACACAGGCUGAAAGCUAGGCCUCUUGUGCCAAACAGUUAGCAAAGUUGUGAAUGCAAAGGAAAAAGUGCUCGAAGGAAAUUAAAAGUGCUACUCUAGUGAACACACAACUGAUAACAAAUAGCCUUAUUGCUGAUAUGGAGAAAGUUUAGCGAUCUGGAUAGAAGAUCAAACCAGUCACAAGAUUCUUUUAAGCCAAAGUCUAAUCUAGAGCAAAGUCCUAACUUUCUUUAAUGCUAUGAAGGGUGAGAGAGGUGAGGAAGCUGCAGAUGAAAAGUUUGAAGCUAGCAGAGGUUGGCUCAUGAGGUUCAAUGAAAGAAGUGUCUCCAUAACAUAAAAGGACAAAGCAGCAAAUGCUAAUGUAGAAGCUGCAGCAAGUUAUCCAGAAGCUCUAGCUAAGAUCAUCAAUGAAGGUGGCUACACUACACAACAGAUUUUCAAUGCAGACAAAACAGUCUUCUAUUGGAAGAAGAUGCCAUCUAUGACUUUUAUAGCUAAGGAGGAAAAGUCAAUGGCUGGCUUCGAAGGACAGGCUGACUCUCUUGAUACAGGCUCAUGUAGCAGGGGACUUGAAGUUGAAGCCAAUGCUUAUUUACCAUUCUGAAAAUUCUAGGGUCCUUAAGUAGAUUAUGCUAAAUCUUCUCUACCUGUGCUCUAUAAAUGGAACAACAAAGCCUGGAGGUCAGCACAUCUAUUUACAACAAGGUUUACUGAAUUAUUUUAAGCCCACUGUGGAGAACUACUGUUCAGAAAAAAAGAUUCCUUUCAAGAUAUUACUGCUCAUUUACAGUGUACCUGGUCACCGAAGAGCUCUGAUGGAGAUGUAAAAGAUUUAUGUUGUUUUCAGCCUGCUAACAUAACAUCCAUUCUGCAGCUUAUGAAUCAAGGAGCAAUUUUGAUUUUCAAGUCUUAUUAUUUAAGAAAUAUAUUUCCUAAGGCUAGAGCUGCCAUAGAUAGUGAUUCCUCUGAUGGAUCAGAGCAAAGUAAAUUGAAAACCUUCUGGAAAGGAUUCACCAUUAAGAUGCCAUUAAGAAUAUUCGUGAUUCAUGGGAAGAGGUCUAUUAAAAUAUCAACAUUCACAGGAGUUUGGAAGAAUUUGAUUCCAACCCUCAUGAAUGACUUGGAGGAGUUAAAGACUUCAGUGGAGGAAGUCACUGCAGAUGUAGUGGAAACAGCAAGAGAACUACAAUUAGAAGUGGAGCCUAAAGAUGUGGCUGAAUUGCUACAAUCUCAUGAUAAAACUUGAACUUAUGAGGAACUGCUUCUUAUGGAUGAGCAAAGAAAGUGAUUUCAUGAGAUGAAAUCUACUCCUGGUGAAGAUGCUGUGAAGACUAUUGAAAUGACAACAAAGGAUUUAGAAUAUUACAUAAACUUAGUUGAUAAAGCAGCAGCAGGGUUUGAGAGGAUUGACUCCAAUUUUGAAAGAAGUUCUACUGUGGGUAAAAUGCUAUCAAUAUCAAGGCAAGACCCUCCAACAGCAAAAGGAUUACAACUUGCUGA